GUUGAGCUUCCAAUGACGAUGGUGGCAGAAGAAAUGAUUCAUCCCCAAGCAUGUGAUCAGAUACGGCAGCGUCAGCAACAAGAAGAGCCCAAGCGAAGGAUAUGCUGCCCACACAAUUCUGUAUUAGCUAUAGUUUAUCCUUUUAACUGAGAAAAUGAAGUCCUUCACCACCCUCCUCCUGGCUUUGUUCGCCGUUGGCGCUGCCGCCUUUUCUGGUUCCUCCUUCACUGGAUCCAGCCUGAGUACCUCUGUGGUCAGCAAGGGGUCAAUGACUAUGGAAUACAUCCCUUCUGGCAUGAGCAAGGAGCAAUGGCAAAAACUCAAGGCCCAGGAAAAGGCCAAGACUUCGGGAAAGAACUUGGGCAAGGUUGGCAUCACUACAUUCAAAUCUCGAUCCUUUUCAGACUGGCAAAAAGCUGGAGGCAAGAACUUGUUCCCCGUCGAUCCCACCAAGGUUAAGGACCCCAAAGAUAUCCCCUACAUGCAAAGACCAGGAGGCAAAGCUGAUGACUCUGACUUGAAGAAGAAAUCUAGUCCAUUUGGCAUGUUCGGCGGAAACAAGAAGAAGGCAGAAAAAAAGCCAGAGCCAACCCAAGAAAAGUCAACUAACUGGUGGACUCUCAACUAACUUUUUGUUGAAGCACAAGUUGGAUUUGCUAUUGGCUGGUUUGGUGUGGAAGGAUUUUGGAGAGGCUGUUAGCCAACAAACAAUCUGCACUACACAACAGCAUGGGUCACGUGAAGAAAAUACAUGUUUGCUGCAUUCGUGUUGUGGGUAGACAGAUUUAGAGAGACCAGAGCUAAGUUGGAUAGAAGCGGUCUCGUGAUUUUAUGAUACAC